AUGUCCUCAAGUUCGAGCGAAUUGAUCGAUGACGCCGACCCCCGCGUGCAGUACCAGGCCGGCUGGACAUUCGAACAGAACGUCGUCGAGGUAGACGGAACUCGCCACGGAGCGAAAACCGCUGGACUGAAAGCAUGGCUCUCAUUCACCGGCACCGGCGUACAUGUCGUCGGCACGCUUAGCGCCACCGAUAUGUAUGGUCUCCCGACGACAACAUACCUCGUCGACGGGGCGAUUGUCAGCACGUAUACCGCACCGCUUCUUCCGUCCACCGAGACACUCUACAACGUAACCUUCUUCUCUGCUCUGAACCUCGCCCCGGGAAACCACACUGUCACCAUCGAGAACAUGAACGGUACAAGACCCAAUACGUUCUGGUUCGACUAUUUCCUCGUCGAUUCCCCUUCAGAACUUCCGACUGCCGCGGUCGUGGACCCCAAGCUGCCAGUGUCGACGACGAUCGAAUCUCCCUCCUCACUAGCAUCGGUCUCCGCCAAGUCUGUCACGCCGGUCAGCGAAACCAGCACUACUGUUGCGGGUGUUACUAUAUCAGUCACCGUCAAGUCCAUCGCGACAGUCAGCGAGACCAGCACCAUCGGUGCGAGCGUCACUAUAUCGGCGGCAGACGCCGCGCGGACGUCUACGACAAACACGUCCAACGCGUUCAAUCCUGGUCCGCUUCCUCCUCAUCGCUCGAACUCAGGAGCAAUCGUGGGGGGCGCUGUAGCCGGUGGUGCCAUUCUAGCUUUCCUUGCCCUGAUCUUCUUCUGCUUGCAGCGCAAGCGUCCUCUUCAAACAGGUAAAGGAACAGUCGCGCCGUUCACAUCCUCUCGGGACCCAUUCAUGACUCCCCCCUCCAGUCCUCACUCGUCAUCAAUGCGGUACUCUAUCGGCUCCAGCGCAAUGCUCUCCACCCAAGCUGUUGUCGGGCUUGCGAGCCACAUCCCAGCUUCUCCUUCACUACGCGAGCUUGAAAUCGUCCCCAGGGAGACCGUCGGGAGCGAUUCCGAGUUCGACAUUCCGCACCCAUCGGCCAGACCCGCGCUAUUCGGCCCUCUGGGGCCCAUCGCAUCUUCAUCCAUCCCCACAACUCAACCUCCAUGUCCGAUAUCGGAGAAACAUUUGUCGCUGCCCUCGCCAAGCCUCCGAGUCCUGCCUCGGUUGUCGCCGUCUACAGGUAUGGCGGACACGGGACAGGCAAGAGCUCUCCGAGCUUCCUCGCCCACCCCAGGCACGGCUGAACCCCCCACACCAUCGGCAGAGCUCCCUCCUGGGGUGUGGCACGCCCCGCCGGACGCUCAUGAUGCCGCAUAUUCGCUGCUCCGAUCGCUCUUCUCCCAGGGGUCGCGAGCCGCGACUCUCCCCAGCAGUGACUCCCUGACAGCGCCCCGCGCCGCCGACUCGGGGCUGAGGCUGUACGGCGACCCCGUUGUGUUGCCGCCUGCGUAUACACAGGACUAG